UAUUGAAAAGAAACCGAAAACUCAAACAUCCCGCUGUAAUUAACAAAGUCCUCCUCGGCUUGUUCUUCUUCCGAAAUUCUGGAAGAGCAGCCACCUUCCUUUCUUAUCGUCGUUAUAGUAAUAAUAACUGAAUAACAAUGGAAGGUGGUGUUGAUGGGGUGGCGGCAGAGGGGAAGGUGACGUGUGCGGCGUGGAUCAGACGGCCGGAAAAUGCGCAUCUGGUGGUGAUUGGAAAGUCAAGGACGCCCCCCUCUUCUUCUUCACUGGAGAUUUUCUCAUUUGAUCCCAUGGCGGCUUCUCUUUCUUCCUCUCCGAAGGUGAUUUAUGAGUUUGAAGAAGGAGUUGAGCCGGUGAGUAUUGCGGUACAUCCAAGUGGAGACGACAUCGUCUGUUCCACCUCCACUGCUGGCUGCAAAUUACUUGAGUUGCAUGCUCGAGGAGAUAAUGUAAGACUUUUGGCCAAAGAAUUACUUCCUCUUCAGAAUGUCAGUCCACAGAGAUGCUUAGCCUUCAGUGGGGAUGGAUCUCGAUUUGCUACUGGAGGAGUUGAUGGACAUCUCAGAAUCUUUGAAUGGCCAAAUUUGCGCAUCAUUUUAGACGAACCAAGAGCCCACAAGUCUUUUCAAGACAUGGAUUUUAGUCUAGACUCGGAGUUUCUAGCUUCAACAUCCACUGACGGUUCAGCAAGAAUAUGGAAGACUGAUGGUGUUCCAGUAACAACCUUGACACGAAACUCAGAUGAGAAGAUUGAACUUUGUCGAUUUUCAAGAGAUGGGACGAAACCAUUUUUGUUUUGCACAGUACAAAGAGGCAAUAAGCCACUUACUGUUGUCUGGGACAUAAGUACAUGGGAAAAAAUUGGACACAAGAGAUUCCUACCUAAACCAGCUUCUAUAUUAUCCAUAAGCUUGGAUGGAAAGUAUCUUGCUCUAGGAAGCAAAGAUGGGGAUGUGUGUGUGGUUGAAGUAAAGAAGAUGGAGAUCCGCCAUUGGAGUAAGAGGCUGCAUUCGGGUUCUAAUAUCAUUUCAUUGGAGUUUUGCCCCAGUGCAAGGAUUGUCCUAACUGCCUCUUCUGAAUGGGGAGCUAUGGUGACUAAACUGACUGUUCCUGUUGAUUGGAAAGAUUGGCAGAUUUACCUGCUACUGUUGGGACUAUUUUUAGCUUCAAUGCUUUUGUUUUACGUAUUCUUCCAGAAUUCAGAUUCUUUCUGGAACUUUCCUGAAUCUGCAAGAAAGAUUAACACUGUUUUCGGAGGUUCGCAACCCGAUGAUAAGACUGCGUUCGAACAAUUUGAACAACUAGACUUGUUAUCCUGACUCUGAUUAUCUUGAGAUGUUAAGGACAGAAUUGGCAUGUGAAACUCGAGAUAUCAAGCAUUUCAUGUGUGUAUAAUUUUGGCUUUUGUGGGAGCAAGGAAAUUGAUUCUGACAUUCUCUUGCCAAUCUAUUGGCCUCUACCUCUAUUGUAUCUCUUUUGGAAUCAACGUGAAAGAUGAACAUUUUUUUUUUUU